GUCAAGUUGCUUGCUCGCCCUCCCUCUUCCACUGCUCUCUCCGUGUGUGAUGGGCGUGUUGUGUUCGAAUCUCCCACGGGGGUUCAGGUUCAGUCCGACGGACGAGGAAAUCAUCGACUACUACUUGAGGCCAAAGAUCGCUGACAAAGACGAACAACUUUACUUCAUUCCCGAAGUUCAUUUCUUCAAAUGGGAGCCCUGUGAGUUGCCAGAUUUAUCGGGCAUAGAGACAAAUGAUCCAGAGUGGUUCUUCUUCUCGCCACAGGACCUGAAGCACCCGAAUGGGAGUCGAUUGAACAGGGCAACCAGAGGUGGGUACUGGAAAGUGACUGGUAAGGAUCAAGAAAUCUUGUCCGGAGAGAGCUUGAUUGGAAUGAAAAAGAUACUGGUUUUCCAUGAAGGGCGUACUCCAAACGGGAAAAAAACUGAGUGGGUCAUGCAUGAGUACCACGCAACCCUGAAGGAUGGCACCGAUCCCGAUGGCGAUCAGAAAACCUUUGUCCUCUGUCGUUUAUUCAAGAGAACUAACAAUGGUCGAAAGCGAAAGCACUCUACCGAAGCUGGACCUGCCAUGUCUAAACGAAGGGCGGCUUCAGAAUCUCCUCAUUCUGAAAAUUUUGAUGGAAUGCCACAAGUGAUAGCUGAUGAGGUUGAUCUGCAACCGGAGAGCAGCCUUUGGACCCCCUUAACUUCACUCUCCGAUACAGCUGCCAAAUCUUCUCCUGAAGAAGCAGAGUCUGAACAAACCCAGGUAGAUUGGAAAAUGCUCCCUGACCUGCUGGAAAUCCCACUAGAUUGGAACCGCAAUACACCUGCCGUUCAAUCAUAUGACAACAAUUUUGAUGCUUACUCUGCAGAGAAUCAUAUGACAGAUGAGGAAGCACCAAAUAUGUUGUUAGACCUGGAUUGCAACCCUUCACUCCCCAAUACACCUACCGUUUCAGUAUUAGGAGAGGAAGCUUUUACUGUUUGGUAG